AUUAUCUAAUGGACUUGAACUAAUUAGAAUGUUUACUCUAGUAAUUGACAGAAGCUAAAGAUUAAAUUAUAAGUAUUUUAAUUCUUUACUUAAAGAGACUGCUAAUUAUUGUUCAUUUUAUCCUGAGAGUGCUUAAUAAAUUGCUUCGAUGAUUGAAAAUGAAUUCACUUAGACAAGGAAGGAUAAGAAAAGAAUAUUUUUAUUUUUAAUCCAUCAAAUUAUUUUAGAUGAGAGCUAAAAAAAGAGGUAAGAAAAUCCCUUUCUCAAAGCAUUUGGUGGAAAACUCAAAAAACUACUGGGAGAUUUUUGUAUAGUGGAUGACAUUAAGGAUUUGGAGAGUGCUUACACAAUGAUAAAGAGGUGGGAAAGAGAUCAAAUCUUCCAUCCUCAAUUUAUCCAAAAGUUGAGAUCCAUUCUUUAACCAAAAUAUGAUCAAUUAAAAUAACAAUAGGAAACCUUUAAUGCCUUAAACUAGACAGAUGCAUCGGCAAAUAAAGUAUUAUAACACAAUAUUUAAACAGUUUAAGUAUGGAAAUUAGUUUAUAAUAAUAGUAAAUCGAACAAUCACACAAAAUAUAUAAGCAUCUUCAAUAGUUAGCAGAUAUUGAUAGCAAGACUUUAGAAUUCAAUUGCAAUUAUGAUAAGUUCGACGAGAAGACAACAUCAAAUUAGGACUUGCAGGCUCUUAUUCAAGAAGGUGAGAUGUGCAGAGAGUAACUAAUCCAGGUAUUUGAUUGAUGUAUUCCAAUAGAGCAUUAUUCACUUGUAAUAAUACUAUAUUGAAAUGGCCGUCUAGGGAGAAAACUUAUAAUCUGAGUCUUACUAAGGAAUGUAAAAGAAGAUCGAUUAAUACAAGGAAAAGAAGAAAGAGUGGUGA